CUCCCCAGGGCUCUGACUCAGCUCCCCCUCUUCCUCAAAGGCCACCUCCCCUCCCUCUCCUUUGCAGGCAGUCUCCUCCAAGAGCUUUCCCUGCCUGCCCCAUCACCGCUAGGUCCAGCUGUCUCUCCUCUCUGACCCAGCCACAGGUCUUGGUCUCACGUACCUCAUCAUUUCACAAGAUCCCAAGAGAAACCAGAACAAGCUGGGGUAUAUGGAGAUCCCUACCUGUCGGUUCCUGGGACCUCCAACCCACCUUCGUUCUAUCGCCCCGUGCUGAAUGCCUCUCCAUGACCAAGACCCAGUCAAUACGCUUCUUCCAGAGAAGGGACCUAUAAAUCCUAAAUCCAAAAGUUCAUGUAGGCAAGGGCUUUAGGGUAAAUGGCCCAGGCUGAAUCUCUCUGUAAAUACUCAGGAAACCUUUCCCCCAAGACUCCCAGAGGGUUCCCUGCACUCAGGUCAGGGGUUUCCCUUGGUCCCUCACUUUCCAGCAGUUCUCAGUGUCUUGGUCACCUCCCCCCCCACACACACACACACUGUCUUCUGUCCACUCACCUGGAUUCCUGUUCCUUUAGCUCUCGAACCACAAGUCCUCUAGUUUCUUGUUCAUGUCUGUUUGUCUGUCUGUCUGUCUGUCUCUCUCUCUCUCUCUGCUCUUGAAUCCAUCUCUUGUCCCCCCCCCAGAGAGAAUUGGGCUCAAAGUCUCCAUCUCAACUUCGAGUUCUCUGGCUCCGGUGGGGGUCAAGUUGUCACCUACAACCUGCCUCUGUCCCCACCAUAACCCACCACAUCUUUUCCUGUCAACCACGCUCCCUGACUACUGGGGAGGCCCAAAGGGGAAAGUCACAUCCCUCUCAUCCCUCAAACGUCGAAGCCAGCUGCACAGUAGAGUAGCUUCUCCUGGAAAGCUGUGCCCUUGUUUGCAGGGCAGUCAAUUUGUGAGAAGUCCGGGUCCAAGAAAGACAAUCUCAAGGAUUCCUCGGCACAGAAUGGAAAAUGGUUUUCAUGAUCCAAAACAAAUCUCUGACCCCUCCCUCCCUUUCUGCGUAAACAACACUAGACAGGGCCAGGAAGCAUUUUCCUUUUUCCCCUAAGUGUGUUAUUCCCCCAUUGAGCUGAAAAUGAGUGUUUUGCUUCACUUAUUAUUUCUCUCACCAGAAAUGUGGGGAUGGUAAAGUCACAGAAGGAAACGGGUAGUGAGAAGGGAACGAGGUGAUCGCCGUGGACUGGAAAGGCCUGAAGGAUGUGGACCAGCUCAACAUGGACAGCACCAGCUCGCUGCACGGCAGCAGCCUCCAUCGGCCUUCGACGGAGCAAACGCGGACAGAUUUCUCCUGGGACGGCAUCAACCUCUCCAUGGAGGACACCACUUCCAUCCUUCCCAAGCUUAAGCGAAACUCUAACGCCUAUGGCAUUGGGGCCCUGGCCAAGUCAUCGUUCUCAGGGAUCUCCAGAAGCAUGAAGGACCACGUGACAAAGCCUACCGCCAUGGGGCAAGGGCGGGUGGCCCACAUGAUUGAGUGGCAGGGCUGGGGGAAGGCCCCAACCAUUCAGCCACAGCACAGCCACGAGGCUGUGCGCAGGGAUACAGACGCUUACUCUGACCUCAGCGAUGGAGAGAAGGAGGCUCGAUUCCUGGCAGGGGUCAUGGAACAGUUUGCUAUUUCUGAGGCUACACUUAUGGCCUGGUCUUCCAUGGAUGGUGAGGACAUGAGCGUCAAUUCUACUCAGGAGCCACUGGACUGCAACUACAGUGACAAUUACCAGGAGCUGAUGGAGAGUCAGGACGCACUAGCUCAAGCCCCCGUGGAUGGAUGGCCUCACUCCUAUGUGUCCCAGGGCAUGUACUGCCUGGGGUCGUCAGACGCCUGGGAAGCUAGCGAUCAGUCUCUCAUUGCAUCUCCAGCCACGGGAUCCUAUCUUGGCCCUGCAUUCGAUGACUCACAGCCCAGCCUGCAUGACAUGGGGCCUUCCCAACCUGCUUCAGGAUACUCUGCCCUCGAGCCUCCGCCUUUGUUGGGGGUGGACACUGACUGGGCGCCAGAGGUUGGUGGGGUGGACCUGGCCAGGGGAUCUGUAGAGGAAGAGAAGAGACCACUGGCCCCUGAGGAGGAGGAGGAUGCAGGAUGCCGGGACCUGGAGUCGCUUUCCCCACGAGAAGACCCGGAGAUGUCCACCGCUCUUAGCCGGAAGGUGUCUGACGUUACAUCCUCGGGUGUGCAGUCCUUUGAUGAGGAGGAGGGGGAUGCCAACAACUAGCUUCUUCCCACCCCACUGACCUGAGGGGCCAUGGCUGCAACCCAUACCCGGCGCCCCCCAAGCUCCUGCAGCACAGAUGAAACCCCGGGCAGAAGACAGCAGGGAACCGGGAGCUUCCACUAGCAGCCCUGGAAAGUGAAGGACCAGCAGGGAUUUUUUUAUCUAGGCUUGUACUCCAGAAACCAUCAUUCCAGGAACUGAGACCCAGGCAAUCAGGCGGCUAUGAACCUGGCCCGGUGGUGGGAGACGAGCCAUGGCUCUUGGGUCCGUGCGCCGGUGCGUCGUGCUGAACACCGGAUCUCACUUCCUACACGCCCCUGAUUUCGUCUUCCAGGAGGCUUGGCUGUGCUGUCUGAAUGCCUCCUUUCUCUCCAUUUCACUCUUGCUUUCCCGACUUCUGUUUUCUCUGGCCGUGGCGUCGGUGCGUUCCCACUGCGGGAAGCGGGCCUCAGGGGCUGUUGGACGUGGCUUGGCAGGGUCGGCAGGGCGGCCUGAACGGCUCUUCUGUGUUUAGCAUAGACAGUGUGCCCGAUUCAGGCCACCUCUGGCUUCGGGGGGGUCGGGAGCCAACGGCAAGAUGGGCGUGGCAGCUGGGAUUACAGGGGUUGCAGUAUGCUUCUUUAUAUCCAAAGCCUACUCGGAGACAAGAGGGUCACCGAUGAGACAGAAUAAACACCGCCACUUGGAUGUCCUGUGGCCGGAAGGAGGACCUUAAAGGUCUGGGAGAAGGCCCAAUGGGGUUGGCUACUCCAGUUCUGGCUUCCCUCUCUGCCUUCUUCCGUUUGGAGCCCAGACCCAAGGAGGGCCAGCAGGCAUCAGUCUCAGACUGUUGACCUAGGAUGCAGUGUACCCCCGUCAGUGGGGGGGUACCAUGAGGGCCGGGCCUCCCUCUACCUUUCCCUACCCUCUGGAGCUGUUUACACUUUUCUCUUUGCCUUUUCUACAUUUUUAUAACUUCUUGGGGACUCAGGGUUGAGCAGAGUGGAGUGGGGAGUCUGGUGCUGUCACUGCCUUUGGGCUGGGCUGGGCCGGGCUGGCUGCUGAGGGCUAGGGUGGACACUGGCUCUUUCUGCUUUUUUUUUUUUUUGUCAGCGGCUCGCAGGGCUCCUUCAUCCAUUGUUCCUUAUGGGGCUGGUGGUGGUGAGACACAAGCUUGCGCUCCCACAUCCCCUUUGGAGUGGGGACAAGGAACAGCUGAAGGUCAGUGUAGUAUUGCUAUGCGGGUGCUGGAGCAGCUGCAGCCUGAGUAUGGCCCUCGGCAUAAGUGGAGUUUUGAUAGGAGAUGUCCAAGCUCGUCACCCUGCUCUUCUUCGUCCUCCUGUCUGCCCGAGGCUCCAGUCCCAAGGUUUUGUGUUCCACUUUAAACCGUCAGAGGUCCUGAAGUACUCCCCCCACCCACAGGGUUGAUGAGGCUCAGAGUUGGGAGUGAUUCUGCUAUUCCGUUACUCCGUCCUGCUCCGCACUCAUACGCUGAAGUGUAUCCGGAGUAGGUGUCCCACAUCCUCCAGGGGAUGGGGAAGCUUGGGAGCCUGGGGUCUGUUGAUGUAGGAAACAUGGGAGUAGACCUGGAGAGCCAAGGUAGGUGAACAGUCACUUAGCUCAUCUAUCGCUGCCUGAAUGGGAGAAGAUACCUCGUGUUUGCUAGUGUGUUGUGGUUUAGCCUAUCAGGACCUCAUUUCUAGGACUAGGAAGGGCUAGCCUGCCAACUCUGGUAACUGCCCCUGACCCGUCUCCUGUCCUAGCCCCCCUGGGAAUUUGCAUGUUCAAGCUAACCUACUCCCGGGGGGGGGGGGUUCUCUCUGCCUUGUUUAUCCUGCUCUGUGUCUCAUCUCUGCCCCUCCCCCCCCCCCGCAUUCUUCCCCCAGGUGAUGGUGGACCUCGAGUCCAGUGAGCAGGUUUAUUCACUUUGAUUCCCUUUUGCUCAGGACCCCCGAGAGUUAGGAAGACUGCUUUCUUUCCUCCUCCUAUUCCUCAAGGAAGCCAAAUGGUCCCCAGUGAAAGACUACAAAAGGCCUGAAGGAACCUAGUAGGGUUUGCUCCCGAGCAGGGCCUUGGUUUCUCCAGGCUGCUGGCAUGCUGCCACCACGGUGGUGAGGCCCACCCCACUCUGAAGAGAGAAGAUUGAGGAGCUGGCCCAGGACCGUUUUGAACUCUUUUUUUUUUUUGGAGGGAGGGACCGCCUCUCUGGUGCUGGGGCAGGGUGCAUGGGGGUUUGCUUCUAGCCUACUUUAAGGGGAGGGGUGGAGCAUGUGCAGGAAGAGGCUGUUAGGGGUGGGUGGGAAGGGUUGCUUUUCCUUUGGGGUUAAAGGCUGUGCAGCACGUUUUACAGCAGCUGGGGAGCAGGGCUGUUUUUUUAUAUUCUUGUGAAUGAAACUGCUCUUGCUGAAUGAUUUUUUUAGGGGGGUACACUUUCACUUUCAACUGACUUUAUUAAAUGAAAAUCCAAACCUUCCAUUCUUCCCUUCCAUCGCCCUCCCCAGUUCACACACCUCCCUUAUUUUUCUUGUGUCAAGGAGGGAACCCUCACCCCCUUUAUAUCCCACACUCUGUCUUCCAGGUCUGAGACAUACCCAUUUUUAUGGUCAGUCUUAGCAUGUUUCCUUAACGUGGAACUCACACCAGGCCCAGGAAGGACUCUAUGACAUAUAUUGCAGAGAGAACUCUAUAUAAAUAUAAAUAAAUAUAUAUAAAGUAUUAUAGAUUAUAUACACACACGGGCAUGGGCUUGGACGCCCCCGGCUGUUUCUCCUACCUAGGCCUCAGUGUCUUCCUUGGCCUGGGGAGGUGGAAGGACCCCAUGCUGGAGAAGGCUGUGCUCAACGACACUAAACAGAGUGUGGCGGCA